AUGCCUCAAGUCCAAGCUCCUUUUGUUACGAGACAGGAACUACAAGAAAAGACCGCAAAUACACUUGCAAUUCCAAACCCCGAACCAAGCAGUGCCACCCAGAGCAGACCUCGCUGGAUUCAAGGCAUCGUGAAGAAUCUCACACAAUUCAAUCUUCAAGUUCGCCCGCCAGCCUACUUCUAUUCGGGAAGAUAUGAGACGUGGCCAACUGAGGUUGGUGCCUGGUCCGUUGGACAGUUCACUUGCGUGCAGAGUGAAAAUUCGGCGAGCGGCGUCACUGGAGGUAAUGCAUGGAAUCUUUACAUUGAACCCGGUAUUGAAGUCAACCUUGCAUUUGGCUUUACGUGCCCCAUUAUAGGGUCCUACAAAUCGGGAGUGGUUGAAUCCGCUACAGCUCAGGAUGGAUAUAAUAUGGCUUCAGCAGAGGGUAACAGCAUAGUUUCCAGGGAUCAGUUUUCUGGGGUGGACAUGUAUGGCAACGGGAUGACUAUCAUGUUCGAAGUCCAGUGCUCUGGAGGACAACGACCAGUCUACACCAUCCACCAGGUAGUGUGCUAG